UUGGCGCCAAAAUAUCAUACUCUGAUGUGGGCCUUUUUUAGCACGCGAGAUAUAUUAUAUAUAUAUAGUCAUGCUUUGCAUGCACAAUAUGCAGAUUCCUGAUUAAAUUUUUUUAAAUCUAUCUGAAUUUACGUGUUAGUAUUCGAACGUAAAGUUAUAAAAUUUCUUGCGUAGCAAACUUAUUGUUUGUAUACCGGCUUUAAAAGUCGAUCGUGUUCAAGAAAUUUUUUAUUAGUAGCAAUGGUCGGCUUUUUAGAUUCAGAUUAUGUCGGGGAAGCCGGUCUUAGCAACCUGAAACUAUACAAAUAUUCUGCAGUAGAUAAGUCACCAAUUGCAAACCAUGUACUAAAACCAUAUUGGAAUUGGGCAGUUACGCUUUUCCCCCUAUGGAUGGCGCCAAAUUUGAUUACAUUAUGUGGUUUAGGUUUUAUUUUAUUAAACGUAUUGAGUGUAAUAAUUUGGAUUCCAGAUCUCGUAGGCCCUGGUCCACGUUGGCUGUAUUUGAGCUUUCCACUCGGGAUAUGGCUUUAUUCAACAUUUGAUAAUGUUGACGGUAAACAAGCACGCAGAACAGGAAGUUCGUCACCUCUCGGAGAACUUUUUGAUCACGGCUGCGAUGCUUUGAAUUGUUCCUUUGGUCCAUUAGUUUUUUCAGCUGCAUUAGGGUUGGGACACAGUUAUCGCUCUGCAGCUUUUUUCCUUUUAUCAGUUAUUCCUUUUUUUUUCUCUACUUGGGAAACAUAUCAUACCGGUGUUUUAUACUUAGGAUAUAUUAACGGUCCUACCGAAGGACUAAUAGUGGCUUGUCUUUUACAACUUUUAUCAGCCAUUGCAGGGCCAGAAUGGUGGACACAAGAUUUACGAGAUCUAUUUGAAGACUCAGUGCCAUCGUUUAUUCCAAAAGGAUGUACUUCUGCAGAUGUAUUACUAGUUGCAAUGGCUUUUUCAGUGUGUACGUUACAUAUUCCUGCAAGCUUUUAUAACGUGUACGAGGCUCGUAAACGAAGAGAAGAAUCUUAUCUUUCGGCAUUAUCUCAACUUUUUUCAAUAGCUAUAUAUACACUCUGUGCAUAUUUUUGGCUUGUAUCUCCUCAUUCAUUUAUUUUAAGAGAUCAACACUUUAUCCUAUUCGAAUUAACGCUCGGUAUCGUAUUUGGACGUGUCGCUACUAAAAUUAUAUUGGCACAUGUAACCAAAAUGAAAUUCCCGAUGUAUACAGUAUUGUUAAUUCCUUUGUUUGGGGGCGCGGUAUUAACAAAUAUUCCCGUUUUAUUUAACACUGGUGAAAUUUUGUCACGCAAAGGCGAGUACUAUUAUCUGUGGGCUUACUCUAUUUUUGCCACAGUUGCCUACUUCCACUGGGCCAUUUUAGUUAUAAAAAGAUUUUGUUCGUAUUUAAAAAUUAAAUGUUUCAGUAUUCCAUAUGGAAAACAAGGUCCGAAAAAAAUUACAUGAAGAUGAACGUGUUGAAGAUGAACGUGUUGAGGAACAGGAAGAGGAGCGGGAAGAACUUCUAUCAUAAGAUAACUUUUUUCUGAUAUGUGUCAGAUUAAUCUUGUUAUGUAAUUCUUUUUUAUUACAUUUGUAGGCCUUACUUGUUUCUUAUUAAUCAUAGAUUUUUUCAGUUUAAUGGAAUUAUUUAUUACAUAUUAGAAAAGUGAAAUCUUUGCAUAUUUUGUUUGGCUUAUUAAAUGAAAAAAAUAAUAUUAGUGAGGGUUAUGCAAACUUCAUGAUGUGAUAUGCAUAGGUUGUAUUAUUUGUGAUAUAUAAUGGCUAAUUAAAGAUUUUAGCACAUAGUUUAGUAAUUUUUAGUUUUCUGAUUAUUGAAGUUAAUAAAUAUACAAUUAUUAAAUUCAGUUUGAAAUUUUCA